UGCCCUUCUGGGAGGAGACUGAGCUGAGCUAAAACUUUCCAGUUUGCUUGUCUACACUCGACAAUAUGUCUUUUGAUGGUCUAGAUUAUUUGCUUGAUUAUCUGGUCUGUACAUCAUAUUAGCAAUACAUUAUGGAUAUGGGGAGACACCAUGGAGGGAAGUAGGAUGAAGACACUAGUCCAUACCACCACAUGAAGUACAACUAAUAUUCAGAACACUGGUUAAGCUUGGGACCGGAGACAACAAAGAUGGCACACAACAAGGGGUCAUCCCUGUCCAAUGCCCGUGGUCGUGAAAGUUUUGUUGGAAGUCAAAUCAGGGAUUCCAUUUCACUUCUGGAUGUUUUGUACUCAAAUGCAUUUGAAGAAGAGGACAUAGACUCCGCAGUAGCUAAGAAGACCGAGGUAGAUUUUUACAGAGGAGCCCCACCUCAAUGGCUUAACUUCUACUGGACUGAAAGGGCAACUUCAGCUGAUAAAACAACCCCCUUUAUCAAAAGAGACGGGUACACUGAGCUGAUACAAAAUAUUAAGAAACAGUGUAAGGGUGACCUGACUUCUACCAUGAAUCUGCUGCAUCAGCCAGGCAGUGGGGGAACCACUCUGGCCAAGCAGGUGCUCUGGGAUAUGAGGAAAACACUGAGAUGUGCUGUUCUAACAGGUGCUACCUCAGACAUCACCGCUAUCGCCAAGCAGGUGAUUCACCUUUUCACUGCAGGCGGUCAAGGCCAGCAGAACACUGUGCUCUUAAUGCUGGAAGAUGAGCGUAUUCUGGAGAAUCUGCAGGAUGCCAUCAUCAAAGAGAUUGCAGAGAGAAACAUCACGACCCACAUGCCUGUGGUCAUCAUUUUAAACUGUGUGCGAAAGCCAGUUAUCAAACAAGAGGACCAUAACAACUCAAGAAAUGUUUUUCUCAGGACGGAACUUUCUGAAGCAGAGAAACAACAGUUUGAGGAGAAACAGAUUGAGAUCAGUCGAAGCUACAGCAAUGAACACAAACAGUUUCAUGGCUUUAACAUAAUGCGAGAWAAUUUCAGUGGAGAUUAUGUUAAAGAAACGUGUGCCUUUUUAAAUGUCAGGAAAAAAGGAAGACCUAAAAAUUCCCAGCUUCUUGCAUUCUUAUCACUGGUGAAUGCCUACGUCCMUGGAUCCCACCUUCUGCAGUCUCAAUGUCAGGCAUUCCUUGGUCCUCCAGAUCCCAUUUAUGGAGGUCCUUCCUUUGAGCAGCGAAUGGAGCCUUUCACUCAUCUGAUAGUGACAUUCCCUGCACGACAGGGACAAGACAAACAUGUCUGCAUGGCUCACUCACUGAUUGCACAGCAGUGUGUUAAGGUACUGGCUACGGCAGGUGUGACCAGGAGUGAUACAGCAAGAAACUUUCUGACUGAAUUUUGUAGAGAAGAGGUACAACAAUUUUUAGUUCAAGACAUGUUAACGAAAAGGGAAAUGGGAGAAGAGAGAAAAGACACGUUUUCCAGGUUGAUUCAAGACAUUGAAGGCGAAGAAUCCAAAAGCAAUGUUGUAUCUGUUUUACAAUUAGCUUCAGAGAUAUUCAAGCAAAACCCAUUUCUUCCUCAAAAUCUUGCUCGUUUUCUUUACAUUGAGAGAAGGGCCUAUUUUAAAGCGGAGAAGUGGGCAAAAAUAGCAAAAGACAGAGAUCCUAACAGUUCAUUUGUUGCUGAUACACUGGGGCAAGUAUACAAGAACCAAUUGAAGAGCAGGGUCCAUGAUCCUUCCAUCUUUGCACAAGAAAUUUUGCAACUGUCAAAAAAGGCCUUUGAUGCUUUCAGAGAUGAGGAAAGGGCUGCUGAAAAUGAGCAGGGAGCAGACAUGCAAGACGAUGGUAUGACCAAAGUCUCACAGAUCUUUAACAACAGAGGACUAUUUGGAUAUCUACAGGUUGCCAACAUUGUUUUUGACUCGCUUGUCUCUCUUGACAAUAACUGGCAAAAGGUCCUUACCAUGGAAAUAUCAGCUGACACCUUCUUCGUAUCAAUCAGACAAAAAAAGCUCUUCAAGUACAAGCCACUCAUCAUCAGCCUCAGGGAUGAGGUGGAGAGGAAAUGUGAGUUUUUUGAUGGUUACCUGACGUACUCCAAGCCCAGCAUAGAGAAAGAUGAACCACAUUACUUUCAGACUGAUGUCAAGAACUGCUACUGCAAAUAUGUGGGGACAUGCACACCUAUACACUCAGAGUCUUCAAUAGGUGUACCACUCCAGAAGCUCAAAGAGGAAAUGGCCAUUGCUUUCCCUGGACUGCUUUCCUGUCUUGAUAAGGGCUAUGAUAAAACUCACUUGCGCCGAAUAACAAUUUUGUGGGAGGAAAUAAAAAAAGAAUGGGAAAAAAAGAAAGAUGGUGGUGGUGAGAACAAAGCUGCCCAAAACUUCAUCCUUGCCAACAUCAUCUUAAGCAAAGUGGAAGCAGCAUCUCCAAUGCUUACCCCUUUGCCAAUCCUAAGAAGCAUUCUGGAAAGACACCUAUUGGCCAAUUUCGGUAACCAAACCCCAGAGUUUUACUUCUUAGUCCUUUUGCUGUUCUGGCCCGAGGAGUAUAAGAAAAUGGGAUUCAAUGUUGACCUCAACAAAUGUGUUCAAGAGAUGCAAGAGUCCUACAAAAACACAUACAAGAAGCAUCUUCGCUCAAGGUACCUUCGCCCCCUUAUUUUCCUGGGAAAGGGUGAGGGUUUGAGCAGAUUGGUUCAUAGAUCAAAAAUAGAGAAACUAUUGGCAAGGGAGAAUCCAAUGGCAGGGCCAGACUUUAUAGAUCAAAAGUGGAGCAGUGGUGAGGUGUGGAGUGAACCAAGUGUCCAGGAUCUUCUUCUUCCAGUCAAUGGAGUGGUUAGACAGCGCAGGGUGUUUGCGCGCGUUGAUGGCAAGGAGAUUGAAGUUUGUGCUGAACAACGAAGAAAAGUUUGGAAGUCCGAAGACGUCUGCUUCUACCUUGGCUUCACCAUUAGAGGUCCUGUGGCCUAUGGCAUACAGUACCCAUCCCAUCACAGAUAUGUCUUCUAUUCAGGGCCUGUGAGAAGUUGCACAACCUGUGCUAAUGUGAUGGAGUCUACCAACUGGGUUCAGGUUGAACCUGUGGCCAUCACUAAAGAAGCCCCAAUGUUCAGCACUUCUCCCCCAGGGCGCUACGAGUGCAGAGUAUCAGGGCUCCGGUGGGUGUGUAAAGACCAUGUCAGUCUACAGUAUCAAUUCAGCUCCUGGGAGCCUCACAGGGCAAUGAUGAAAAGCUUGGGGUACAAGCAAGGUGGCCCCCUAUUGGAUGUCACAGUCAUUUCAGGAGAACUGGAAGAAGUGCAGCUGCCACAUUUUGCCUGUUUUGGCGAUGAUCCCUCCUUUAAAGAGAAAGUGAGAGUUCUACAUGUAGAAGACUGUGGUGUGUCCRUAGAACAAGUGGAUGAAGUCACCCGCUUCCACGUCAAGAUCSUCCAUCCAWCCUUCUCUCCAAAAGGAGUUCUCGUGAGAUCUGGCUUUCCGCUGAAAGCCCACUGUGACUUGCWGCUSUACMAGGCCAAGRCAGCAUUCCUCACGCUACAUGCAUAUCUGGUGCCCUGUGAUUCUUCUGUAGAACAGGCAAUGAAGAAAAAGGAGCAGUCUUAUGGAUACAGGAGUAUCAGAAAACCACAACCAGUGAAGUCCCUUCGGAUGAAGGAUUGGUUCAGCCUCACAACGUCGUCUCCCUCUGCUGAAGUUAAACCUCCUAAAAUGAAGCUGAGAUAUGACAACACUACACCAAACUUCUUUGAGGUGUUCAUGGAAGAUGCAGAUGUUGACUUCGGUAUGAAGCUAAUCAGUGAUGUGGAGGGGGAAAUCGUCUGGGAUCACACAAUACGAAAAGCUGACUACAGACACAAAACCACUCAGAAUUCACAAAACCUGCACUUUGUGGACCUCCACCGGACAGACCUUAUCCAGAGAGUGUGCCUGGUGAAGCCCAUAUUGGAUKAAAUCCUGGKCAAYAGAGUUAUCAKUGAUGAGGGCUACAGUACAGUAAUGGCCAAACGCACCACACAGGACCAGAUGAGGGAACUGUACAUGGGACCUCUGAGGGCAAGUGGCAUCAGAGCAAAACAUAUUUUCUAUGAGAUCCUGAAGGAGCUGGAGCCACUGCUAAUCAAAGAGCUGGAGGGUGAAUAAGGAGCUAGAAUGGUGAAUGGGGGGCAUUUUAAGUUUGUUUUAGGGGAAAAGGGCAUAAAUGAUGGCAGUUAUGCUUUGUUUUAUUACUUUGUGUUUACAAGAAAACACAACAUAAGAGGAGUAUAGCAUCAUUCUUUUAUCAUUCUUAUUUUUCUACAUGUAAAUAUUAGUAGCCAGCAGAACAGUAAUGCAGUGUUUUAGCCUAGAGGCUUUGUCAAAGAUAUAACAUUUGAUAACAGUUGGGUUGGAAUUGAAUUUCCUCUGAAAAUAUAACAUUUGCUCAACCGGUUCACCUAGACGCUCUGGAUUACUUACAGACAAGAAAAUAUAUUAAGGAAAUAUAUUAUGAACAUAGAAAAAUAUAUAAUAUAACGAUGAUGCAAACAAUGAAAUUAUUUCAUUUGGGCUAUUUUAUAAAUGACAAGUUAGUGAGGGUAAGGAAUACCAGUGAUGUAAAUAAAUAUAUGAAGAUAAAACUUCGUAAAGCUUAAUGUACCUGCCUAAUGAAACAUUUUAGUGAUGAAUGAUUUGUGACAUCAUUUUCACAACACGAGUAUUAGAAUAUGUAUUGGAAUAAAUACCU